AUGGCAGAAGAUAAUAUUGCUGCAAAAGCUUCUGCCUCAGAGGAGGCGCCGCCUCCGAAGAUUCUGCUGCGGCGGCCAGGAACGCUCGAGCUCUUUGGAGGGCCGUCCAAAGAGGACGGCGCGGACAGGCCGGCUGACCUACGGAUAGAGGGAGACGGCUUCCCCGAGGUGGAUGCUUCCUCCACGGAGUGGUCAAAAGACGGGCGCUUCUUGGCGGCGGUGUGCUCUACCGGAGUCCAGGUCGUCGAUAUGACAACCAAAACUGUGGUGGCAAGCGUUGAUGCUCCCGGCGCGCGAGCCGUCCACUUCUCUCCCCUGGGGACGUACCUGUUGACAUGGCAGCCGCCGAGCAAAUCGGUGGACGGGGAACGGCCGCCGGGAAACCUGGUAGUGUGGAGCACGGCGUCGUGGUCGGAGGAACUCAGGGUGUCCCAGAAACAGCUGCGCAGGUCGGCGUGGCCCAGCCUCCAAUGGAGCAGCGACGAGGUCAUCGCCGCAAGAGGGCUGGACAACGACAUCCAGAUCUACCACGGACAGCACUUCGACCAGGGCGUCGUGGCCCGAGUCCCCUGCCCCAAGCUCGCCGGCUUCAGCCUCGCACCGGGGACGGCUCCGUACAGGCUAGCGACGUUCGUGCCCGAGCUGAAGGGCAAGCCGGGCAAGAUCUCGCUAUGGUCUUACCCGGUGUCGGACACGCCUAUCGCCUCUAGGAGCUCCUUCCGCGCGCAGGAGGCGUCCUUCAAGUGGAGUCCCGACGGUCGAGCGGUGCUGUGCCUCACGAGCACCGACGUAGACGCGACGGGCAAGUCAUACUACGGGUCUACGGGCCUGUUUCUCAUGCACGCCGACGGGCAGUUCGACUGCGCGAUCGCCCCCGCCAAGGAGGGGACUGUGCAGGACGUCCAAUGGGGGCCCGGCGGAUCGAACAAGGGCAACAAGUUCGUGGUCAUCGCGGGGAGCAUGCCUUCCACGUCCACGCUCUACAACAUCAAGGGGGAGCCAACGUUCGAGUUCGGUAGUGCACACCGCAACACUAUCAGCUGGAGCCCGCACGGCCGCUUUCUCUUGCUGGCAGGCCUGGGCAACUUGGCGGGCGAGAUGGAUUUCUGGGACGUGAACCGCAAGAAGGUCAUGGGUUCCACUUCCAGCCACUGCGCGGUGGCCUACGGGUGGAGCCCGGACAGCCGCUGGUUCCUCACGGCAACGUGCGCCCCACGUAUGAAUGUGGACAACGAUGUGAAGGUGUUCCGCUACGACGGUUCCGGUCCGGUAGUGAAGAAAGAGGUGGAGGUCCUCUGGGAUGCGGUCUGGCAGCCGGCCGCGCAGGGGGUGUACCCGGACAGACCGGCUUCUCCCGGCCGUAAGGGUCCAACGGCAGCAGACGCCGCGGCUGGACGAGGACCCACGUUCGGGGAGAAGGCGGCUGUUUACCGCUCGCCGGGCUCUACCGGGUCACUGGCGGCCCUCAUGAGGGCGGAGCGGGGUGUAGACAAGGCCGGGGCGGGUGGCAAGAAGGUCGGUCGCGUGGACGCGGCAAGGGCUAGCGGGACGUACAUCCCGGGGAUGGCACCACCGGAGGCGAACAAGCCCUCCAAGAAUGCCAAGAAACAGGAAGCGAAGAGGCGCGCGAAGGAGAAAGCGGAGGCGCAAAAGCAGGUAGAAGCCAUCCUCGCGGUUGCCGCCGGGGGCGACGCGGACGGGGGGGAGGGAGGGGGCGGGGGCGGGGAGGCGGUUGCAGCGGCGGCGGUAGACCCGGCGAAGCGAGCGAAGGCGUUGUCGAAGAAGCUCAAGAAGCUGGAGACUGUCAAGGCUAAGAAGGAGGCUGGGGAGGCCAUCAACGCGGAUCAAAGCGCUCUGUUGGAUUCGGAGGCGGGGCUUCGGCAAGAGCUUGCGUCGCUGCAGCUGUGAUUGUUCGUGCCUAGAUUGCAGCUACAUGCGCGUCAAUCGAGAUCGACGACAUCACCACCUCCUCCGUAGAUGAUCCGAGAGCCGGGUGUGUCCCCCGAAGAGCGAAGGUCGAAGUCGAAUCUCCGUAGAUUUCUGUAGAAGAUGAUCGAUGGCGUUGUGUGUCAUGAAAAAACGAUGUAGUUGAAAGCGAUAGAAAAGGUCCUUCGGGACUCUGUGCAUUCUUAUGUGCUUUUUAAAAUGCGGCGGGAUUGUUGGGAGUGGCAGCUUUCGGACCUUGGGGGCUCUGUGCUUAAGAAAGUGCGGCGAGAUUGUUGCAAGUGUCAUUACCCCAGCUGCUGCUGACUCUGCCGAAGUAAAAAACCCUAUUUUAUCUUCCGGAGUGCGUGUCUGCGGCAUAACUCGCCAACGACGAACCCCAUCCUGCGUCCGCGAACGCGCUUUUCUUCGCGUGCAGCAGUAGCUUGUUUUUCCCACAUGUUCUUGUGUC